CGGCGGAAGUUCCCCGCCCCACCCGCGAGAGUUGAGGUUUGACUAGAGCAAGUGAGAAUCCUGCCUUGGCUCCAAUUGUCUGCGGCUCCUCCUCCUGUCGCUGCAGGUGUUAUUCCUGGGACUCAGAUGGACCACACAUCCCCGACCUACAUGCUUGCUAACUUAGCCCACUUACAUUCUGAACAACUUCUGCAGGGAUUGAAUCUCCUUCGUCAGCAUCAUGAACUGUGUGACAUCAUUCUUCGUGUAGGGGAUGUUAAAAUUCACGCUCACAAAGUGGUACUUGCCAGCGUCAGCCCAUAUUUCAAAGCUAUGUUCACUGGAAACCUUUCUGAAAAAGAGAACAGUGAGGUUGAGUUUCAGUGCAUUGAUGAAACUGCUCUCCAGGCCAUUGUGGAGUAUGCCUACACAGGGACUGUUUUCAUUUCUCAGGACACAGUUGAAUCUCUUCUUCCAGCAGCAAACCUACUUCAGAUAAAACUUGUCCUGAAAGAAUGUUGUGCAUUUCUUGAAAGCCAGCUUGAUCCUGGUAAUUGUAUUGGAAUUUCUCGUUUUGCAGAGACGUAUGGUUGUCAUGACCUUUAUUUGGCAGCAACUAAAUAUAUAUGCCAGAAUUUUGAAGCUGUUUGCCAGACAGAAGAGUUUUUUGAGCUUACACAUGCUGAUUUGGAUGAAAUUGUCUCCAAUGACUGUUUGAAUGUAGCUACUGAAGAGACUGUUUUUUAUGCAUUAGAGUCUUGGAUAAAAUAUGAUGUACAAGAACGCCAAAAAUACUUAGCACAGCUACUAAACAGUGUACGAUUACCAUUGUUGAGUGUUAAGUUUCUCACUAGGCUAUAUGAAGCAAAUCAUCUUAUUCGUGAUGAUCGCACUUGUAAACAUCUUUUGAAUGAAGCCCUAAAGUACCACUUUAUGCCUGAACAUAGACUCUCCCAUCAGACAGUCUUGAUGACACGACCUCGCUGCGCUCCCAAAGUACUUUGUGCAGUAGGAGGAAAAUCUGGACUCUUUGCCUGUUUGGAUAGUGUGGAGAUGUACUUCCCUCAAAAUGACUCUUGGAUUGGCUUGGCACCCUUAAAUAUUCCUCGCUAUGAAUUUGGAAUAUGUGUCUUAGACCAAAAAGUGUAUGUUAUAGGUGGUAUUGAAACUAAUGUACGUCCUGGCGUCACUGUCAGAAAACAUGAAAAUUCAGUAGAAUGUUGGAAUCCUGAUACAAAUACCUGGACUUCUCUAGAAAGAAUGAAUGAGAGCCGAAGUACCCUUGGAGUGGUAGUGCUUGCAGGAGAACUUUAUGCUUUAGGUGGAUAUGACGGACAAUCUUAUUUACAAUCUGUAGAGAAAUAUAUUCCCAAAAUAAGAAAAUGGCAACCUGUAGCACCAAUGUCUACAACAAGAAGUUGUUUUGCUGCAGCUGUUUUGGAUGGAAUGAUAUAUGCCAUUGGUGGUUAUGGCCCUGCUCACAUGAACAGUGUGGAGCGUUAUGAUCCAAGUAAGGAUUCCUGGGAGAUGGUUGCAUCCAUGGCAGAUAAAAGGAUUCACUUUGGCGUGGGAGUCAUGCUAGGCUUUAUUUUUGUGGUGGGUGGACAUAAUGGUGUCUCACAUUUGUCAAGCAUUGAAAGAUAUGAUCCUCAUCAGAAUCAGUGGACUGUGUGUAGACCAAUGAAAGAACCCAGGACAGGAGUUGGUGCCGCGGUAAUCGAUAACUACCUUUAUGUAGUUGGUGGUCACUCAGGGUCUUCCUAUCUGAACACAGUGCAGAAAUAUGACCCUAUCUCAGAUUCCUGGCUGGAUUCAGCUGGCAUGAUAUACUGUCGCUGCAAUUUUGGAUUAACUGCACUUUGACAAGUGCAUGAAAUAGCAUGGUGGAGAAACUUGUGCCACGUGAUAGGAUGCCCAGUUUUCUGAAGCAUAAAAGCUACAUUGCUUUUUUUUUUUAACAUAAAGUGGCAUGAAGACUCAAAAAUUUGAGUUAUUGGUACUUUGAAUUGACAAGUAAUUUUGUUUGCUCUUGAUAUACAGUAAAUCAAUAAUCAAAAACAAAAA